UAUACACCUCAGCUAUAACCUGGUCACACUGUGCCCCAGAAAUUAAUUAGGAAUAUAAAAAUAUAAGGAAAACAAAGCCCCCCUCGGACGAUAAUUCCCCCAGCAAGGUUUUCCUCUCCCCCCCCAUAAAAAACACGAAGAACGAUGGUGUGCGUACCGUGCUUUAUCAUUCCACUGCUACUAUAUAUUUGGCACAAAUUCGUUCAACCGAUUUUGCUGCGAUACUGGAAUCCCUGGGAAAAGAAGGAUGCCGAGGGCAAUGUGAUCAAGAAGGGUCCCGAGUUCCCCUUCGAGUGCAAGGGCGGCGUGUGCCCCUUCGUUCCGGGGGCCAAGAAAUCCCCCAACGACACUGAUUCCAAUUCCAAGGACUCCGAAAAUCCACACACAAGCAAUUCAACGUGUACAGCAACAACAACGGCCACACCGGAAGCGGAAAUGGCGGAAACUAAAAAGGAAAUCUAGUCGAAAUUUUCCAAAAAUUAUAUCCUAAUCAGUAGAUUUGUUUUUUUUUUUUUUGCUUGUCUAUAAGAACGAAAAAACGCACACAACACAACAAAAAUUCAACGUCAUCAGCAGGCGAUGUGCGGUGGGCGGCGGUCGGAUAGGGGGCGUGGCCUCAAGGGAGCAAAAAGUUCCCUAAACGACAAAUAAAAAUUUUAAUUAAAUGUACACCUUGACCACACGAAA